AUGCAGACAAGAGAAGGCGACCCAUGGAAGGGUAUAAUCCGUUUUCGCAAACGGGCUAAGUUAGGUCCUCGUUACAUCGGACCGUUUAAAAUCUUAGCUCGGGUUGGAAGGGUUGCAUAUCGAUUAGAAUUACCGCCUGCUCUAGAUGGGAUUUACAAUACCUUCCACGUGUCGCAAUUGAGAAAGUGUCUUGCGGAUGAGACAGCACUAGUACCUCUUGAAGAUAUCGAGUUGGACGAAGGGUUAAAUUAUGUCGAAAGGCCCAUAGCCAUUAAGGAUUACAAGGUAAAGAAUCUCCGCAACAAAGCUGUUAGACAAGUGUUGGUACAAUGGCAGCACCGAAAGGGUUCAGAUCUCACAUGGGAAGCAGAAGGUGAAAUGAGGAAGCACUAUCCGUUUCUUUUUGGUGAUGCUUAA